UUCCCCCCUCCCCCCGGGGUUGGGGGGGCCGGAGCAGAGAGCGCCCAGCCCGGGAGGUGGAUGAAUGUGGGAGAAAAUGGAGACCAAGACGAUCGUGUACGACUUGGACACGUCGGGGGGGCUGAUGGAGCAAAUCCAAGCUCUGCUGGCUCCCCCCAAGACGGACGAGGCAGAAAAGCGGAGUCGGAAACCUGAAAAAGAGCCCCGGAGAAGCGGCAGGGCCACCAACCACGACAGCUGCGAUAGCUGCAAAGAAGGUGGGGAUCUCCUGUGCUGUGACCACUGCCCGGCAGCCUUCCACCUCCAGUGCUGUAACCCUCCACUGAGUGAAGAGAUGUUGCCUCCUGGGGAGUGGAUGUGUCACCGGUGCACUGUUCGCCGAAAGAAACGAGAGCAGAAAAAGGAGCUGGGCCACGUCAAUGGACUGGUGGACAAAUCCGGCAAACGGACUACAUCCCCCAGCAGUGAUACUGACUUGUUGGACAGAUCAGCCAGCAAAACUGAGCUCAAGGCCAUUGCCCAUGCCCGGAUCCUGGAAAGGAGAGCCAGCCGGCCUGGCACACCCACAUCCAAUGCCAGCACAGAGACCCCCACUUCUGAGCAGAAUGACGUCGACGAGGACAUCAUUGACGUGGACGAGGAGCCAGUGGCAGCAGAGCCAGACUACGUGCAGCCCCAGCUAAGGCGGCCGUUUGAGCUGCUGAUCGCUGCUGCCAUGGAGCGGAACCCCACCCAGUUUCAGUUGCCCAAUGAACUGACUUGUACCACCGCACUACCAGGUUCUAGCAAGAGGAGAAGAAAGGAGGAAACCACAGGGAAAAAUGUUAAAAAGACACAGCACGAGUUAGAUCACAAUGGUCUUGUUCCCCUACCAGUCAAAGUCUGCUUCACAUGCAACAGGAGCUGCCGUGUGGCCCCUCUCAUCCAGUGUGACUAUUGCCCCCUCCUGUUCCACAUGGACUGCCUCGAGCCACCGCUCACUGCCAUGCCCCUGGGCAGAUGGAUGUGUCCGAAUCACAUCGAACAUGUGGUGCUGAACCAGAAGAAUAUGACGUUGAGCAAUCGGUGCCAGGUGUUUGACCGUUUCCAGGACACCAUUUCACAGCACGUGGUCAAAGUGGACUUCCUGAACCGAAUCCAUAAGAAGCACCCUCCUAACCGCCGUGUGCUCCAGUCAGUCAAAAGAAGAAGCUUGAAGGUUCCUGAUGCUAUCAAAUCCCAGUACCAGUUUCCACCCCCUCUCAUUGCACCUGCGGCCAUUCGGGAUGGGGAGCUGAUCUGCAAUGGGAUCCCUGAGGAAUCGCAGACGCACCUUUUGAACUCUGAGCACUUAGCCACCCAGGCAGAGCAGCAAGAGUGGCUCUGUAGUGUUGUUGCGCUCCAGUGCAGCAUAUUGAAACAUUUAUCUGCUAAGCAGAUGCCUUCGCAUUGGGACUCUGAACAGACAGAGAAGGCUGAUAUUAAGCCUGUUAUUGUGACUGACAGCUCAAUCACCACCUCCCUGCAAACAGCUGACAAGGCACCUACACCUUCCCACUGCCCCUUGUCCUGCCCCUCAGGGAUUAGCACCCAGAAUUCCCUGAGCUGCUCUCCACCCCACCAGCCCCCAGCCCUAGAGGACAUCAGCUGCAGUUCUUGUGCGGAAAAAUCCAAGAAAGCCCCCUGCGGGACUGCCAACGGGCCAGUGAGCACAGAGGUGAAAGCCAAUGGCCCACACCUCUACAGCAGCCCCACUGAUUCCACGGACCCCCGGCGACUUCCAGGCGCCAACACCCCCUUACCAGGCCUCUCCCACCGGCAAGGCUGGCCCCGGCCCCUCACGCCACCAGCGGCUGGGGGGCUUCAGAACCACACCGUCGGCAUCAUUGUGAAGACAGAGAAUGCCACUGGCCCCAGCUCUUGCCCCCAGAGGAGUUUGGUUCCUGUCCCAAGCCUGCCCCCUUCCAUUCCCAGCUCUUGUGCCAGCAUCGAGAACACCAGCACUUUGCAAAGAAAGACUGUCCAAUCACAGAUAGGACCUCCGUUGACAGAUUCAAGGCCACUGGGCUCACCCCCAAAUGCCACCCGGGUGCUCACUCCCCCCCAAGCAGCAGGAGAUGGUAUCUUGGCCACAGGAGCCAACCAACGAUUCUGCUCACCAGCGCCAUCAUCAGAUGGCAAGGUCAGCCCCGGCACGUUAUCCAUAGGAAGCGCUUUAACCGUACCCUCUUUCCCAGCCAACUCUACUGCCAUGGUGGACCUCACCAGCUCACUGCGAGCAUUUAUGGAUGGAAAUGGAGAAAUCGAGAUAAAUAUGCUGGACGAGAAGCUGAUCAAGUUUCUGGCCUUGCAGAGAAUACAUCAGCUUUUCCCCUCCCGGGUCCAAGCUUCACCGGGCAGUGUCGGGGCACACCCGCUGGCUUCUGGAGGGCACCACACUGAAGUGCAAAGAAAGGAGGUACAGGCCCGAGCUGUGUUCUACCCUCUCUUAGGGUUGGGAGGAGCUGUGAACAUGUGCUACCGAACCCUAUACAUCGGGACAGGAGCUGACAUGGACGUGUGCCUUACAAACUAUGGUCACUGUAACUACGUGUCCGGGAAACAUGCCUGCAUAUUCUAUGAUGAGAAUACCAAACAUUAUGAGCUGUUAAACUACAGUGAGCACGGGACAACGGUGGACAAUGUGCUGUAUUCAUGUGACUUCUCUGAGAAGACCCCGCCAACCCCCCCAAGCAGUAUUGUUGCCAAAGUGCAGAGUGUCAUCAGGCGCCGCCAGCACCGGAAACAGGACGAAGAGCCGAGUGAGGAGGCAGCCGUGAUGAGCUCCCAGGCCCAGGGGCCACCGCGGAGACCCUGCAACUGCAAAGCCAGCAGCUCGAGCUUGAUUGGGGGCAGUGGGGCCGGCUGGGAGGGCACGGCCUUACUGCACCACGGCAGCUACAUCAAGCUGGGGUGCCUGCAGUUCGUCUUCAGCAUCACUGAGUUUGCGACCAAACAGCCCAAAGGCGAUGCUGGCCUGCUGCAGGAUGGGGUCUUGGCCGAGAAGCUGUCUCUCAAGCCCCACCAGGGCCCUGUGCUGCGCUCCAACUCCGUUCCCUAGGACUGGCGGCUACCCCAUCACCCGCCUGUCCGCCCACCCCAAGACUCCUGCAAUGCAAAAAUGUACACAAACCAAGCCCGGGUUUUUUCUAUACACCAGAAACCCUUCAACUACAAUCUUUGCAUGAAAUGAAGAAAACCUUUUGACUGUUUUUUAAAAAUCCUUUUUCUUUUCUCAAGUUCUAGGGGGCAUUUGCACAUAUAUUUGUACUCAACAUUUCAUGGGAAAGCGGCAGACCCGAGCUGAGGAACAGCGUGGGCAGGGAGGGGAAGGCCCACAGUCUGGACACUUCCUCCAACACGAAACCGUUCCCCACCCACCUCCUGCUCCCUCCCCCUCACCCGCCGUUGUAAAAUAAUCAGAAACUUGUUCUAUUUUGUGGCAGUGACAAUAGUUUUAUAUUAAAAGAAAAAAUACAGUUUUCAUACAGCAAAAUCUAUACAAUAUCAUUGUUUUAUUUAAUAUAAAGAUCGCUACCCACCCUACUUCCGUGGUUCCCACCCUCCAAGUUAUUUUCCCUUUCUGCAGCGGUUGCACUACAGGUAGCUACUGUGUAUUAUGGACAAAUGAGAAAUGAAUUCUUUUUCUGGCUGUCCAUCUAUUUUAUUUCAAAUAAGGAAAAGUGUAUUUGGAUUUUGUGUAAAUACAUCUAGUGAUGACAUUUUUUUCAAUGUUUUUAAAAACUGUACAGUACUACAUGUGGUAGAGCGUUUUCUUCAAAUUGUCUAUUGUAGCAAAAACGUUUUUGUCGUAAACCUGUUUCGUCUUCUUUUUUUGUUCUCUUGCCACUUCUCCUGUUCCUCCCACCCCUGGCUCCCUCCCCCCCCA